CCCACCCCUGGAUGUAGGGCAGAACGGGGGGAGAAAUGGAGACCGGUACCUUACUUGAAGAUGGCGUGGGGACCGAAGAUUAUCCUGGAGACAGCGGAGAUCCCGGCUCAGGGCACCAUUGUGAUCUGUAGCUGCAGUUUAGUUUUAUAGACUACAGGGAGUAUGAGGCACCUUCAGUGAAGUCUCCUCCUUGUCCCAUCAUUGGUCCAGGCUGCUGCAUCUCUGCCUCCUCUGACAAGCUGCUGUAUAUAGACACAAGCCCACUACAUGCUAGAGCUGCUGUGCUAGCGGCCGCCGGAGAAAGACUUGGACGAAGCUGCAGCUGCCAUGAGCUUGGUUGGAGGCUUCCCCCACCACCCGGUGGUGCACCAUGAUGGUUACCCUUUUGCCGCUGCUGCAGCUGCCGCCGCCAGUCGCUGCCACGAAGACAACCCUUACUUCCAUGGCUGGCUUAUCAGUCACCCCGAAAUGUCUCCCCCCGACUAUAGCAUGGCACCGUCCUAUAGUCCGGAGUACGCCAAUGGUGCGGCUGGCCUGGACCACUCCCAUUACGGGGGUGUCCCGGGAAGCGGGGCCGGAGGUUUAAUGCAAAGGCCUGUGAAACGGAGGGGAACUGCAAACCGUAAGGAGAGGCGCAGGACUCAGAGCAUCAACAGCGCCUUCGCCGAGCUGCGGGAGUGCAUCCCCAAUGUGCCCGCCGACACCAAACUCUCCAAGAUCAAGACCUUGCGCCUGGCUACCAGCUACAUCGCCUACCUCAUGGACCUGCUGGCCAAGGACGACCAGAACGGGGAGACAGAGGCCUUCAAGGCGGAGAUCAAGAAGACAGAUGUCAAGGAGGAGAAGAGGAAGAAGGAACUGAAUGAACUCUUGAAAAACACAGUUAGUAGCAACGAUAAGAAAACUAAAGGAAGGACUGGCUGGCCCCAGCAUGUAUGGGCCCUGGAGCUUAAACAAUGAUCCUACCAACUGCAGGACUGAAUGAAGACUCUAUAAAUAAACAAUAAACUAUGUAUGGAAUGGUCCAGUUUAUUUAUGUGCAAUCCCCCUCCCCUCCUCAAUGCAGCCCUCAUUGUGGAUCUGUGCAGAGAAGCAUUCCAUUAUAUGAAGAUGAGUAUUCUACAGGUUGGUAAUAGCAGGGGCCCUGUGUAUGACAGUAUGGACAUAGAACACAUGACUCCCUGGCAAUCUUUCCUAUGUAUGUCUGUCUGUGAAGUGUACUUGCCCCAUGGGAUUAGUAGAAAUUAAUAUACCGACAGGAUGGGCCUUCUUCCUUGGGUAUAUUAACCGUGUCAGUGCCAGGGUGGCCUGCACCUGGCUGCAGUGCAGUGUAUGCUGUGGGCCCCUUUGACAACAAGAAGGACACCAUUGUAAAGUUGUUGUCAGAGUUGUUCUUGUCGUUGUUGUCCUUGUGCUCCUGUAUCAUUUGAAGGUGUUUCUGCUAUUUGUUAUUGUGCACUUCUGUCCAGA